AUGGAAGUGCUGAAAGAAAGUUUAAGGUUUGGGCUGUGCGGGGUGCCGGCGGCGCCCUCCGCCCUGGCUGCCCGCAGUGCUGCCGCCAGAAACAGGACAUGGCAAGACCGAUCGCAAGACCAGCACGCGCAGGGCCGAGGGCUGUUGGUUUCCUUUCUUGGUCAGAAGCAAAUUUAUGGAGAUGUCAUAAUUGUGUAUUCAAUGGAAGUAGAAUAUCAAGAUACUGACUUCUAUGGUGUAACUGCCAUUGUGGACCAAAGGCUCUGUGGGAAUGCGGCAGGGCUCGAGGAGCAGAUGGCUUGGAAGUUCAGACAGCAUAGUGUAGGAGAUGCCCAGGUGCAUCUGAAUGAGUUGCUUACUUGGAUUAUCACUUGCUUUUGUCUUCAACUACUCCUACUGAAUCCUCUUGUCAAAGCCCAGAAUUCCUGCGGGAAUCCAGUGACAGAUGAUGUGAAUGACAUUGCAAAAUUGGUUGGAAAUCUCCCAAAUGAUUAUAUGAUAACCCUUAAAUAUGUCCCGAAGAUGGAUAGCCUGCCUAAUCACUGUUGGUUGCAUUUGAUGGUGCCUGAAUUUUCAAGAAGUCUACACAGUCUUCUGCAGAAAUUUUCAGAUAUUUCAGAUAUGUCUGAUGUUUUAAGCAACUAUUCAAUCAUCAAUAAUCUCACAAGGAUAAUUAACGAUCUUAUGGCAUGUCUAGCUUUGGAUAAAAAUAAGGAUUUUAUAAAAGAAAAUGGUCAUCUUUAUAAAGAAGGUCACUUCAUUCCCGAGGACUUUUUUAAUCACUUUAAUAGUACCAUUGAAGUGUAUAAGGAAUUUGCAGACACAUUGGAUCAAAAUGACUGCAUUCUACCUUCAACAGUAGAAACACCAGAGAAUGAUUCCAGAGUUGCCGUCACAAAAACAUUUUUGUUUCCUCCUGUUGCUGCCAGCUCCCUUAGGAAUGACAGCACUGGCAGUAACACUAGCAGUAACAAAGAAGCACUUGGCUUCAUUAACAACCCAAGCCUACAAGGGGUCAGCAUAGCACUGACAUCGCUUCUGUCUCUUCUUAUUGGCUUUGUUUUGGGAGCCAUAUACUGGAAGAAAACACAUCCCAAGUCCAGAGCAGAAAGUGAUGAAACUGCACAGUGUAAUGACUGUCAAGAAGAAAAUGAGAUAAGUAUGUUGCAGCAAAAAGAAAAAGACCAUCUACAAGUGUAGCUGUUGCUUUUUCUCCCUAAACACUGUUACUGUCUCAUGUACUGGUAACAGUUCCAUGUUCGCUUCAUAAAUGAAGCAGCUUUAAGCACAUUUGUAUUCCUUCUGGAGUGACAGACUGAGUCUGCAUCUGUUGUUACUGCCCAUAACUCCAUAGACAUGAUAUAGAAACGAGGACAAUUUGUGUUUGUUACUGUGAAACCAACACUGAAUUGAACAACGUUAAGUGUGCACUGAGCAGGACUCUAUCGUAUGUGAAUAUCUACCUUUUUUGGCGUUCGGGGAUUUUUAUUUACAUUAAUACCUGGAGAUGAUUCUGACAAAGUCCUGAACAGAACGCAUCUUUCAAAUGCCUCCAACUGUGGGUAAUCAUUCAAAGUCAUAAAUACGUUUGCAUCCUUAAUUUAAAUUCUGUGUACUCUGCCUUACCUUGAUGUCUUCAAGUGGAAUUCUCUGAACUGACAGAAAACACAGAUGUGGAUACAGAUAACAUACUCU